ACUUUCUUGCGCAGUGGUUGUUUCCAGACGGAGUUGUAAUGUUAGCACACGUCUCACAGUGUUAUGAGUGGGGAAGUUAACUAAGCGGUAAAACAUGGAAAAGCUCCGUGUUUUGGAACUGUACAGUGGCAUAGGAGGGAUGCAUUAUGCACUGCAAGAGAGCACCAUCCCUGCUGAAGUGGUAGCUGCAGUAGAUGUGAAUACAACAGCUAAUGAAAUCUAUAAACACAACUUCCCAAAUACUCCACUGCUACCAAAGACCAUUGAAGGAAUGACUUUAAAUGAUUUCAAUAAACUGGACUUUGAUGUGAUUUUGAUGAGCCCUCCUUGUCAGCCUUUUACUAGGAUUGGAUUACAGGGUGAUGUAAAUGAUCCCCGAACAAAAAGCUUUCUCUACAUCUUGGAUAUGCUGCCAAGGUUAACCAAGAUGCCCCGCUUCAUUCUGCUGGAGAACGUGAAAGGCUUUGAGACGUCUUCUGCGAGAAAUGCCUUGAUAAAGACUUUGCAGGAUUGUCAAUACAACUUCCAAGAAUUAAUGAUAUCACCCACUUGUCUAGGAAUACCAAACUCAAGGCUGCGUUAUUUUCUUAUUGCUAAAGCUUCCUUAGAUUCCUUCUCCUUUCCAAAAACAACAGAGAUUUUAGAGGGCUUUCCGAAGUCAGAAUCCAUCUAUAACACAGACAGUCCAACUAUCUCUGACAGCCACUGUAGUACAGCUAAUAGUGGCAGGAGAGAGGAUGGGACUAUAAUCUAUAAGAUGGAGACGGCCCAGGAGCUGGAGAGGAAGAGGAGUCAAGACAGCGAACAGACAGUGAGGAGACUACAGGAUUUCCUGGAAGAGGAAAAACAAGGAACAGACAUGGACAGAUAUUUGCUUCCUCCGAAGAUCCUGCUCAGAUACGCCUUGCUCAUGGACAUAGUGAAUCCAAACUGCCGGAGAUCAGUCUGCUUCACUAAAGGAUAUGGGCACUACGUAGAGGGAACUGGUUCUGUUCUGCAGUCGUGUACAGAUGUGGAGCUGGAGAGCGUCUUUAAGUCACUGGACGUGUUGUCUGAAGAGGAGAAGUUGAAGCAGCUGUCGCGGCUGAAGCUCAGAUACUUUACACCCAGAGAGAUAGCCAACCUUAUGGGAUUCCCACCACAAUUCAGGUUUCCUUCAAAUAUCUCCAUUAAGCAGCAGUACCGUGUUCUGGGAAACAGUCUGAAUGUUUGUGUGGUAGCCAAGCUGAUCAGUCUCAUGGUGUCAUGACCAACAAAUGGGAUUUCCUGCAGAGUCUGAGGACUGUUUCAGCGUUCACUUGGACUCCAUGAUGUUUCAAAGACAUUCAACUUUUGUAUCACAUGAAUCAAGUUUGUAAAUUAUUAAAUAAAGCUGUGUGUGUUGUA